GGGGCAGAAGGGAGGCCCACAGGGUCCUCGGGGCCGACAAAUACUACAUAUUUUUUAUUUUUUCUUUCCUUUGUGUUAGAAAUACAACGUUGCGUUUUGUCAAAACAGCGCAGAACACAACCACCUAUCCGAAGGGGGAAAAAACCCGAGGCUCGACCCUGUUUGGUCUUUUUGAAUGCAGGCAUUUUAAAGGAUCGUCUGUUUUAUCUGCAUUUAUCGGAUGCAUCCACGCCGGGAUUUUAAUUGUUUUUUUUAGUGAAAGAGGUCCUUGCCUGCCUUCGUCUGCCCCGUUUUUGUCUUUACUGAGCUUGACUGCAACGUUAAAUACUCGCAAAAGCUUCUUCAUACACAAACCCCCAUUUGUACUUCUUGUCAAGACUAAUACCCAUUGUAUACGAUGAUUAAAUGUUAUGCCACAUCGGAUAUCACCACAUCUUCGUGAAUAAACAGCUAUUUCCUCAAUGAUAUGACCAUUUCCAUGGGCUGAAGUCGCUUUUGUCUGUCAUCUUGUAACCUUGUGUGGAAGUCUGAAGCUAAAAUAGACUCUUGAAUCUCCAAAGACAAGAAUAUAAUUCAAAUACAGGAAGUAAGGAACGAACGAUUCAAAAGCUCUUCAUUUCAACACAAGACGCCGUGUCUCCAUGGAGACAGUGUCAUCUCGUGCCCUGAAGCGCAGAUUCAAAGAGGUGGACAGCGGCUCGCCGUGUUCCACACCCAAAGAUUCGGACGAUGACAUCUCCAGCAGUGACAGCGCUGAUAGCUGCGACAGUCUCAAUGCUCCCUCCAGCUCUCUCACGCCCCCCUCCAUUCUCAGAAGACACAAAGCCUCUUUAGGUCGUAAGCAGGUACGAUUUGAUGCAGUUACGGUCUACUACUUCUCCAGAAAGCAGGGCUUCACCAGUGUGCCCAGUCAGGGUGGCAGCUCCCUGGGCAUGGCGCGCCAUCACUGUGCCAUACGACAUUACACCCUGGGCGAGUUUGCACAAGAACAAGAAAGCAGCCAUAAACAUGUGCUGCGUCAGCACCUACGACAAGAAAAGCUUAACGCUCGCAAGUUAAAGCUUACACGAAAUGGAACUGUAGAGUCCCCCGAAGCUGAGUUGCUCACCCUGGAUGACAUAUCUGAUGAAGAUCUGGACGUGGAGAGCAUGGAGGUGGACGACUGCUUCUUCCUUCAGCCUCUUCCCACCAAGAGGCGCAGGGCACUACUGAGGGCCUCAGGCAUUGCCCGCAUAGAUGCCAGAGAAAAGGCUGAGCUGCGUGCCAUACGUCUGUCCCGUGAGGAGUGUGGUUGUGACUGCCGCUUCUACUGUGACCCUCGGCACUGUGGCUGCAGCCAGGCUGGAAUUAAGUGCCAGGUGGAUCGGAUGUCCUUCCCAUGUGGCUGCACCCGUGACGGUUGUGGUAACACCGCUGGCCGCAUCGAGUUCAACCCUCUGCGUGUGCGUACACACUAUCUCCACACUAUCAUGAAACUUGACCAUGAGAAAAGAAGCUUGCUGGGUGUUAGGUCUGGAGAAGACUGGGGAGAUGAGACAGAGCUGGUCUCCUCACCAUAUCUGUCUCUUUCUUCCUUGGACUCAGAUGUGGUAGUGGAGACCCACAGCAUUCAGCAGCUUCAUGAGGAGCAGUGUGACAGCUUGGAGCGCGAGAACGAAAUCGCUGUGCUCCACCUCCAGAGUGCAGAGGAAUGGGAGAGGAGGCAGGAGCAGGAAGAGCAGCAGGUAGAGGAGGCGCAGACCACUGACCCAACCCUUUGUCUCCUGCAAGGGUCCUUGACCAGCCAGUCUGCGAUGGAGGCCAUGGAGGGUGUUCUUCUAGAAGGGCCUUUUCCUGAAGGUGCAACCCUGCUGUGUAUUACAGAGAACCAUGCUGAUGAACAGACCCAGCAGAGGUUGCUCAAAGACCCAGCUUCACUCCUCUACUAUCAGGUAGACCCUGUGGAGACAGCAGCUUUUGAGACACUUCCUGCUCAAUGUGAGGAUGUGGUCAGCGAGGUUGGAAAGCUAGAGACGGAGACUGAGAAUGAUUGUCAAAAACGAGGAACCUGCAGGCAGGAUUCGACUGAAAGCGUGUCUGCCGAAGUACCUCCAUCUCCAGAAAUUAAUCCACAUGGGGGAGAAGAACAUCUUUGUCCAGAGCAGGCCUCGAAUGAUGAGGAAUGCCUUGAGACCUGCCUGGCACUAGAUAAAAAGGCAGUACAGCUUCCUCCAGAAGUGUAGAGCCCAUCACCUCUGCAGAUGUUUUGCACAAGUUAGUCAUUAAAUUCAAAGAGAGCCUACUCCACACAGUGCGAUAUGUUACAAGACUGUGUAACGUUUAUUACAGUAAAUCUUAAAGAAACAAGUUACCUACACGAGUUCGUAUCAGAUUUAAUCGGCGAUAAGCAUGUGCUGUGUUUGAGGUAGGUUGUCAAUGGUAAAAUAAGUUAGAUAAAAAAAAAAACCAAUAGAAUAAUUUAUUUAAAACAAUGAAGAAAGAAACUCAAGAAAAGGGGAGAUCCUGAUUUGACUUCAGGAGUUGCUGUUUUCCAAUAUAGUAUCGGUUUAUAAUUUGAUACUGGCGGAAAAUGUGGCCUUUAUGUCGAGGAACAAGCAUUUUCAGGAUUAGCCAGUGGCUUCUUAUGGCCUUUCAAGUUUGUAGUUUCCGGUAAAGCACCCUAACAAUUAAUUGGCACUGUCCCAAGCGAAGGCUGUGUGCAAGCCCACACAGAAUCUGUGUGGUCAGAAUUCUGCAGAAUUGCAUGUCAAAUUCUUACCUUCAUUUACAAAUUUUUUUGUGCUAAUUUGAUAAUGCUGUCUGUAGGGUUGCCAACUUUUCACCACAUUAAUACAGGACACUAGCAUUUUAAGCACUUCAAUAAGAGACAAAAUGCCUUCAAUACAGGACGUUUCCCUGUCCGGUCUGAGUCUUGCUGCUAAAAAUGGGACAAUAGGCAUCCCGAACAGGGCAUCUUUAUUUGGGCCAGAAUACAGGACAAUACAAUUGGCAACCCUAGCUGUCUGCUACCAAUCAGUGUUUAACACUUUAAUCUCAGAUUAACACAUUUCACCAUACACUGUAUAUGUAUAAAUCCAUUCCACAGAAUUCUGUAGAUUUACCCCUAAAAUCAGCACAGUAAAUGCAAAUAAGUCAGCAGAUUUCAUCUGGGCCUGACUAUAUACUAAGUAAUAUCCAUACAGCUAAUGCUAACUCAGUGCUAGUGCUAAGAAAAGGGAGGUUGCUAAUAUUUAGAAGAGGGUCGCUGAGUUCGGAAUGGCAUACUACCCAUACUACUCUUACUACUUUUGCCAUAUGUAUCUAUGGCAGAAUAGUAUGAGUAGUAUGGUAGUAUGCAAUUCUGAACUCAACUGGUGUUAAUGUGUAGCAUCCCUUCCUGUGAAUAGACCUAACAAUCCUGGAAAUACUUGGUUUUCAUGUACUGUACAAGUGUUUUGCUGAGAGCUAGCAUGAAGAAGAGUGAAAAUGCUGCUUGUUCUCCGUAUGCACGUUGAAAACUUGAUUCGUUUGAAAUUGUUGAGGCAGAUCGGGAGAAUGAAUGACUGUGCAAGCCAAUUGCACAGCAGUGACCCGACACCAUUUGAAGCUGUAGCCUACUGUCCAGGUUCGUAGAUGUUUAUUUAUUUACCACCACUUUGUAUUAUGAGGGCGAUGACAAUGUGUGAUCAAGAAUAGGCAUCUACAAUCUUUUAAAAAAUUUUUUUUUUUUUUUUUUUUUUUAUACUUAUAUUAGGUUUUUUGGUGUUGAAUGACAUUUUUCACAUAUUUUGCACAUCAAGCCUUUAAAGAUUAUGUAAGAGAACAUAGCUUUGUAAUUUUACUUUGGGUUGAAUGUGAAAAAAAUAAGUUGCAUGGGUGAAUCUCAAGAAGCCUGUCAAGAACAUGCCCAGGUCAUAUUUCACCCCAAAAUUUAAAAGAAAGAAAUUGCACUAUUUUAGUCUUUGAAAAACACAUGAUAAAGAUAAUUUGGGGGAAAAUGUGCUUAACUGGCAUUAAAAUAUUACUAAAAAAAUAGGCUUCUUUUUUAUGCAUAAUAUUUUUUCUUUAAUUUUGGGUUGAAAUGUGAACUGGACAUAUGUUCGAGAGAUUCGUCUGUAUGUGUUCACAACUUUUAAACCUGGUACUUAAAAUUCUACGGUGAUCUUUAUACAUAUACAUGAAUAUGUAUGACAAGGCAAGACAGACUAGGGGGAGACUGCACAUAUCAUAACGUUGAUUUGCACAUGGAUACUGUUUGACUACUUUGUCACACUGGGCCUAGACUUAACAGGUCUUGGUAUUUACUUAACAUUACAAGGCUGAUUAUAAGUUCCUGUUAACAGUGCACAUUGUUUUAAACAUUCAAACCCUUCUUUAAACACUUAGAAAACCAUCUUCCUCUUCUCUUUACCCCUGCUGUUCUUACCUUUUGUAUUUUAUCCUUAACCCCUUCCCCAUCACUCUUGUUUUAGAAUACGAAUUACUGUAUGUUGUUGCCGUUUUUACCUAGAUGCUUGUUUUGGUUCACUUUUUAAGUGUUAGUUAAAUGCGUAAAGUAAUAAUUUGACUGGUUACAUGAAAAAACAAUAGUGUCUUCAAAUAAUAUAACAAAUUCUGUGAUGUUGCUAAAUUAUUUAAACUUAAGAAACACAAGAAAAUGUUUUUUUUUGCAACGCGUGUGUGUGUGUGUGUGUGUGUGUGUAUGCAUGUGUAUGUGUGCCUGUGCCAGAAAGAUUUGUGAGAUGAACCAAUAUUUGUUAGUGCAGUGUUGGAUCAUCAUAUUUCAAAAGGUGCUCUUAUUUAUUUAUUUUUAUUUUUUUCAUAUUAACACUAUAUGUAGAGAGAGAAAAAAAUUCAGAUGAUCAUCAAAAAAAGUUUAAAUGAGCCCUCAUUGACAAAUGUCAAAUUUAAUUUACUGAUGCAUUUUAACUCUGCAAACUGUUGUAAAUUCAAUUAUUCCAAGUAUCUAUCUGCUUCAGGUUUGCUCGACCUAUAGGGUAAUGUUUCAGGUGAUGUUUAAUCAUUAAAUUAAUUAAAAUGGAGCACUUGAGGCUAAUCAUGAAUUCUUUAGCAUGGCCGUUCCCCCUUUUAGACUUUGUUAACCAAGUAAAUUCAUACUAAAUCUGCAAUAAUUAAGAAUUUUGCAAAUGACCAAUCAAGCUAGAAGGAUUUAUAUAUAUAUAUAUAUAUAUAUAUAUAUAUAUAUAUAUAUGGCUACUGUGUAAAAGCUGUUUUUUUUUACUCAGAUUUUGCCUCAUUGUUAGCUUGUCUCUUUGACUGAGUUUACUGAAUGAUAUUAAUGUACUGGCUCCAUGUGUGAGCUUUCAGUCUGUUGUUUGUAUUGAAUACAUGGAAAAAAAAUAUGCCACCACACAUUCCUGCACUCAAAUGAGUUUUGUCUCUAGUGGUGUCUGGACUAGAAACUGACGGGUCCCAAAAAUGGGUGGUCUAAGAGCCUGCUAUGAACCAAAACAUAGUAAACAGACUUAUUUUUUGGCCUUUGUUCAUUGUCUUGAUUCCAGUAAUCCAGUUGUCUAAAACCUGAUGGCUUUGAAAAGGAAGUUCGAACAUCACAUGUGCUUAAAUGUACCUGUAGCUCAGGCGCUGAGUAUUGAUUAUUUUGUCUGAUGUGAUUUUUAUUUUUAUAUGCCACCUCCUUUUUGGCAUGCACAGAUUCGAGACCACUACAGUAACUGAAAUCCAAUCCACAUUACGAUUGUAUGUGCUAAUGUUUGUGUGUGUAUGUGAGAGCGUGUACAGUAUGUGUGUUAAAGUUGCUUUAUUAAUAUGGCUGAAUGGAGUUAUAUGCUGUAAGAGUGACUUAUGCUAACUGUUGCCUACAGAGGAGACAAAACAAAGUUUUAUAUGAAAAUGUGAGUGAAAUAAAAUCUAAAAUGAAAAAAUGUCUUCAUCUGAAGUCUGUCAUAUAUGACUGAGCUUGUUGAGUUGCCCGAAAUCUGAAUUGGACACUAUCAGCAUGCAUAAAGGAAAUCAGUUAAGUUACAUUACAGAAAUGUUCCGAGUUCCAAGUUAAACUUAACCAACAUCAUCCAUGAGAUGCUGACAAUAACCACAUUUUCCUGACAUAUCCCUCUAUGUAAAAACAAGCAAAAAGCAUAUUUGAAGUAAAGCGCUAACAAUGGAAAACAAUGGGUGAAUUCCAUCAGAUUAAACAAAUACGCAGUUUCGAAUGUUUUGCCUCAAUACUUAAAGUUUCAAGUUUUUUUGGUCACAUACAUAACCAUACACAGUAUGACAAGCAAUUUGCUUACACAUUAAAGGGAUAGUUCACCCAAAAAUUAAAAUUCUCUCAUCAUUGACUUACCCUUAUGCCAUUCCAGACAUGUAUGACUUUCUUUCUUCUGCAGCACACAAACAAAGAUUUUUAGAAGAAUGUUUCAGCACUGUCGGCCCAUACAAGUGAAUGGUGACCAGAACUCAGAAGGUCAAAAAAGGACAUAAAGAAUGAAAAUGAAAGUAAUCCAUACAUCUCCAGUGGUUAAAUUAAUUUCUUCAGAAGCGAUAUGAUAGGUGUGGUUGAGGAACAAAUCAAUAUCCUUAUAGGACUUAAAUAUGGAUCUGUUUCUCACCUUAUUCACCUUAGACCUUAUUCACGCUAGCGCCAUCUUUGAUUUUUAAUGGGAAUGACAACGAGGAUGUGAGGGAUAGACUUACCAUCUCUUCAAUGGCAUGAAUGGCAGAAAGCUGUAUAAAGCUCCUAGAUCACAUCUGAUUUUCCACAACUCAUGUUGUCUGGAGUUCUUUGCAUACUGAAUGUUCUUGGACAGAUAUUUUAUCAAUGUGUUGUCAGCGGAACGAUCCAAAAACACUUUAAACUACAGCCCAUUGAAGAGACUGUAAGUAUGUCCCUCACAGCCUCAUUGUCAUUCCCAUUAAAAAUCAAAAAUGGCGCAAGCAAGAAUUCUGUCCUUUUUGGACCUUCUGAGUUCUGGUCACCAUUCACUUGAAUUAAACGGACCUACAGAGCUGAGAUAUUCUUCUAAAAAUCUAUUUUCUUUGUGUUCUGCAGAAGAAAGUCAGUAGCAAUUUAUUUUACAGUACUGUUCUACAUUUACUUACUAUAUAAUUACAACAACUACAGUACUUACUAGGUACUAACCCUAAACCAAACCCCAACCCUAACCUUAUCCCAUAUAAAGUACACGUAGUAGUUACCUAAUAUUACUCAGUACUUUCUUGGGUAAGUCCACUGCAAGUAUACUUGAAGUACACUUACUGUAAAAUAAAGUGCAACCAGAAAGUCAUACACAUCUGGGAUGGCAUGAGGGGGAGUAAAUGAUGAGAGAAUUUUCAAUUUGGGGGAACUAUCCCUUUAAAUGUGCUAAGAUGAGACAAAAGUGUUAAAAAUCGCUUACUAACCUCAUCUAUGCAAAUUUCCUUCCAAUCCAGCAUCCAAUUCCUGCCAUAACCACGUAAAGCCAGUAAACCCGUUAGCCAUGAUAUGGGCAAAGAUUAGCUCAAGGGGGUUAAACCUGAGUGGUGGUGGUGUAGUGGACUAAAGCACUGAACUGGUAUGUGGAAGGUUGUUGGUUCAAUCCCCACAGUCACCACCAUUGUGUCCUUGAGCAAGGCACUUAACUCCAGGUUGCUCCAGGGGGAUUGUCCCUGUAAUAAGUGUACUGUAAGUCACUUAACAGGAUAACAGUGUCUGCCAAAUGCAUAAAUGUAAAGUAAUAUUCUGAAUUAAAUAAUGGAAAAUGUAUGUAUGUGUAGUCAAAACCUUUACUCUUAAUGUUACAUGGCAGAUCCAAACAGACACACUACUAGACACUACAAAAGAUCAGUAGUUCAGAUAGUACCUUUAUAAAACAUGAAUCAUAGUAGAUGAUCUUAGGAGCACAAACAAUACAUUAAUACCCUAUAUUACACAGUGUACAAGAUCUGCUAUGCCAAUAAUUUGGUUUCACAUUAUGUUAAUGUCUAUAUACAUAAUUAUGUUAACCCUGUAAAACUAUGUGUUUCAUUUAUUUAAUCAGGAUUUACAUGGGCUGUGAGAUACAGGAGGACAAUAAUAAUAAUAAUAAUAAUAAUAAUAAUAAUAAUAAAAGAGUUGUGAGGAUACAGAAGAACUGGUGCUCUCUGCUCCACAUCACAAAAAGAUGGAAACAGUUGUGGGACUUUAGUGCUAUUGGUGGUAAGACAUCACAAAGCCCCAUGGCCCAAUCUUGUUUGUGUAACAUGUUCAGUAAUGGACUUGAUUUUAAUGUGUAACUGUUAUUUUUCCAAUCAUUUGUGCAGAAUGCUCUUACCCUGACUAGGAGUAUCCAUCCCACACAACUGAUACAACACCAUGAUGUGGCAACAAGGAUGUUCAUGUACAACAAACUUGAGCAAAAAGCAAGCACUCCAGUUGUAAUGUUCAAUUCCAGUAUUUGUGUGUGUAAAUACAUGUACUCAAAUGUAUUGUCUUUUGUAGUUACAUGCAUGAUAACCUGUAAUUUGUAACCAAAAAAUCAUACCUUUUAGCCAACAGACUUGCUUUAAAGUGUAAAAAAAAGAAAAAGAAAAACAAAAGACACUCUUUAAAAACUAUUUACCACAAAAUGCCUUGAUAGAACUCAAUAAUAGAUUUGUCAACUAAAUGACACAAAAUAUUUUGUCAUAUGAGAUGUCACAUCAUUUAUACUCAUUUUCAUGUUCCAAACCCAAACGCUUUCAUUUCAGCCUCAUUAGCAGCAUCUACAUUUUACAAUGUAUUCUCAUAUUCCACAGAAGAAACUAAAUAGUAAAGGUUUUUAAAAAACACGAGGGUGAGUAAAUGACAAAGACAGUGUUACGGUUUAUUAAUAUUUUGUAUUGCACUUUCAUUUCAAGACAUGACAUUGUAAGAAAUUGACAUAACAGAAAAAUAAAGAAUCUCAUAUUACACAUUUUAAAAGGUGUCCUGUAUUGGAGCUGGAACCAC